AUGUCUAGGCAAAACAUGCGACGCCCGCAAUCCUCAAACCGACGCCAACCGCUCCUACCGACCCAAGCGUCAUCAGGGAAGUCCCGGCUAGCUGAGGUAGCGGGAGGCACUACCGCCGAGUGUGCCGCUGUGUGCUGCUGCUGCCCCUGCGGGCUUGUGAACCUGCUGUACCUGGCCAUCUACAAGGUCCCGUCGGGGCUUUUCCACCGCGCUCUGAAGAGGAAGCGGACUCGGCAGCUGGUCAAGAAGGGCCUGCUUCCGCCUCGGCGCCACCGGUACUUGUGCGGGUACGAUGAGACCGGGAUACAGACUCACCAGGUGGUGGUGGUUGACGGCUUGUCGCCGGAGAUAAAGUCGAAGCAGAUGGAGGAGUCGGAGAAGGAGGUGAUGAAGCUGGAGAAGGAAAUGUGGGAGAGGUACUUUUACGGUACUGGGUUUUGGAGAAGUCCUUCCCAGAGGGAGUCACCCCAACGAUAA